AAACACCUAUAUACGAAUCAGUGCGAAUCGUGUUUUUGUUGUAGCAUGCUCGGAAUUUGAUACAUGGUACGACGCGUCCGUAACUCGGCAUUGUGUUUUAAAAUCUGGAAACAACUUGAAGGAAUUUUUUUUAGAUAGGAAUUAAUUCGAGCGAUACCUGGUAUUCUCUAUUAAACGUAGAUAUUAAAAUUAUGAAUAAUUCCGACGAGCAAAGCGAAACAACUAGAAGAAACCAGGAUUUCUUUGGCGAAACAAGUAUAGGAUCAGGAAAUUCAGAAGAAACUGAAUAUGUGGAUAUUCACGAGAUUCACGUAGUAAAAGCAAUAGAGAAAAAACUAAACACCAACCAUUUCAUAGUGCUUAAUUAUAAUCUCAUAGCUCUACCGGAUAAAUUCGGUCUAUUAGGAGAAUAUCGUUCGCUCAAUGUUUCUUUUUUGAACGAUCAAGGAUCGAAAGAAAAUUUGCAUUUCUACGUAAAAUAUUUUCCCCAACAAGAGUCAACCGCUACUUUUGCUGAAAAGAUUGGCGCUUUAAAAAAAGAAAUAUUCGUAUAUAAUUUAUUGGAGGAAUUUUCCGAAAAAGGCGUAAGCGUUUCCGUGGUUCCAAACUGUUAUGUAGUAGCGCCCAGAAAAUAUUUAAUACUAGACGAUUUAUCAAACGAAGGUUAUAAAGUGGUUGAUAAACACACAUUUUUGGAAUACGAUUCAGUAUUAGUAGUUUUAGGAACGUUAGCGAAACUACACGCGAGCACUUUUAUUUUCGAAGAUAAAAUCGGAAAACAAUUAUUAGAUUUAUAUUACAAUGAUUUGGAAGAAUCUUUUUUCAACAAUAAAAAAGAUUUUGCGAAUUCGAAAGGAAUCGAAUCUUGCGUAAAAUGUAUUAUAGAGGAAAUUGAUCUGUUCGGGUUUCCGAAAAAACUCUUUUCGGGAAAAUAUUUUUCCGAAGUUGCGGAAAAGAUGUGCUAUAAAAUUUACGAUAUGGUAAAGCCAUCGAAAAGAUUCAAAAAUGUCGUUAAUCACGGAGAUAUGUGGGCAACUAACAUACUAUUCAAAUACGACAAAAAAACGGAAAAGCCGAUAUGUUGUAAAUUGGUAAAUUUCGAAUGUGCGAGGUACUCACCACCGGCUUUAGACGUUUUGGCUUUUCUCUAUCUAACUACCUCGAGAGAUUUUAGAAAAAAGUAUAUGUACGAAGUCGUCGGUAUGUACUACAGUUACCUAGAAAAGAAUCUCAAACAAGCCGGUUUGAAAAUUGAAGACGUUUUACCUUUUACGGAUUUCAUGGAGAGUUGCGAAGAACUAAAAUUAUUUGCCAUCAUACAAGCAGCCUUUUAUUUUCCUUUAAUUUUAAUCGAUAGUAAUGAAAUUGAUAUGUAUUUUUCCGAUUUGGAAAUGAACAAAAAUGUACUCUUCGAUAACAGAAUACAUUUGGUAUUAGGACGUAAAGAUAAAGAUGAUUUUUAUAAAAGGCGACUAAUCGAAUCUAUAGCAGAUUUAAAAGACGUUUGCGAAUUGGCGAUGUAAAAAUAUUUUUUAUUGUAUUCAUAUGAAAUAUCUCGGUAAAUAUUUGUUUUGUACAUGAUGUCUUUAUACAAACUGACGUGCUAAUCGAACAAUAAUAUAAGGUGUCCAGAAAGGGUAAUCGAGUAUUUGUAAGUUCAAAUAAACAAAAAAUAUUUAUAAGCGAUAAAAACUUUUAUUGUUUUUUGAUACAAUACGAAUUGGAAAAUUACUUGGAAAAGAUGAUGAUGUUAUCCAAAUGAUGACCGUUACGCGUUGCUGGCACUCUUCUAUAAACGGGAACGAAGAUUGGCGUCAACACGUAGACACAAAGCUCUUGACAUUGCUGCAAUUUCUGACCUGAUGUUUUCCUUCAAUCUGAUCAUUUUGAUAAACCUUACUUUUAAGGUAUCCCCAUACAAAAUAGUCAAGCUAAUGGCUAAGGUCGGGGCUUCUGGGAGGCUAGUUAAUGUUACCCCUUCGCGAAAUGACUUUAUUAGGGAAUAAUUCAUUCAAAACUUUCAUCGAGGUAUGGCAAGUGGCCCCAUCUCGCUGGAACCGCGUUCUUGAGUUGAAACCUGCAACUCUGGGACCGAAAAAUUUCGCAACAUAUCGCAGUAGCGGUCACUAUUCGCAUUGAUUCCUCGGCCUCGUUGAUCUUCAUGAAAAUAAUUCCUUUAGCGGACAUAGCGGCCCAAACAACGACCUUUGGGCCGUGCAGGGGUCGUUCAUGCUUUCGUCUCAGAUUCUCGACUGCCCACUACCGACAAUUCUGUCUGCGGACGCCACGAACCCCUUUCGUCGCUCCCUUUCGAAUGUGGCGCGAAAACAAAUACCCGAUACUCUUUUUGGACACCUUGUAUUAGCAUCAUUCGUUAAAUUUUGAAAUAAAUAUUUCGUAAUAUU